AUGGACAACAAAGACGCUUCAAUGCUGGAUGUGAGCGAUGCCGUCAAUCAUAGUGAUCCAAACGGAACAGCAGCUUUAACAGAGAGCCUGUCUCAAAUGAAUGUAGAUGGUGCAGGUGAACUGGACCCACAAUCUAUUACAGGAAGACAGAGAUCAAGAUCGACGUUAAUAUUUGAUGAUGAUGACGAAAUUUCACCUUAUUCAAAUCACCACGAGCACGGUUCAGGGGAUGUGUCAGAUAGCGACAAUGAAAGUACUUCCAGCACUAGUGAUAGAGAUAGCAUGAAUAUCAAUGGAAGUGACCAAGAGGUAGAAUUCAAAAAAGAAGUUCAGGACCAAUUUCAUCAAGUUGAUCAGCCGCCUGUUCAGCAACCAUCAAAUACAACAACCUCCAGCAAUACUAUGGUCCCAGUAGAUAUUACUUGGCAGCAAGGGGGUACUAAAGCUUAUGUUACAGGCUCCUUUACUGGCUGGAGAAAAAUGAUUGGGUUAGUACCAGUACCUGGUCAGCCUGGUGUCUUUUAUGUGAAGUUACAAUUACCACCAGGAACGCACAGAUUUAGAUUCAUUGUUGACAAUGAAUUGAGGUUUAGUGACUAUUUACCAACAGCUACUGAUCAGAUGGGUAACUUUGUCAAUUACUUAGAAGUGAUAGCUCCUGCCACAGAGGUAACUGGCGCUCCAACUACUACCACCUUUGGAACAUGGGACUCGAGUGCACAAUCACAACAAGCUCAGCAACAGAAUUUGCAGCAAAAUGAGGCAUCUAUCAAGGUCGAGAAUCAGCCUCUAAGUGCACGCUCAAGAAUAGCGCUACAAAUAGAAAGAGAACCAGAUGAGAUGGGAGAUGGUUUUUCCCGUUUCCAUGACGAAAUGCCACAAAAACCUCAAUAUGAUUAUACUCAGGAUAUUCCAGCCGUUUUUACAGAUCCAACCGUCAUGGAACAAUACUAUUUAACUCUAGAUCAACAGCAAAAUAACCAUCAAAAUAUGGCGUGGCUAACACCCCCUCAGUUACCACCUCACUUAGAAAAUGUUAUUUUGAAUAGUUAUUCUAAUUCUCAAGGAGAAAGUAAUGAGAACACAUCUGGUGCAUUGCCUAUCCCCAACCAUGUAAUUUUAAAUCAUUUAGCAACAAGCAGUAUCAAACAUAAUACACUCUGUGUUGCAUCCAUCGUAAGAUACAGGCAAAAAUACGUCACUCAAAUAUUGUACGCUCCGUUACAAUGA